AUGGUGUUCCUCAUCGACCUGCCUCGCUUCGAGACGCAGCAGACUACAGCCGGUACGGAGACACUGUUUGGAAAGGAGCUGCGGCGCUUCCUAACAGCUCUUGGUAUUGGUGAGAAACUGGUCAAGAGCCUUGACAAUUACGACUUUUCCGAAACGAGUCGCUACGGAUUUGUCCAUACAAUUUCCGGGAGCCAUGCGAAUGACUCUUGGCAACACACAGGUCAGCAUACCCCCCAAGGCGCCAGAAAUUGA